GAUUCUUUGAAUGAUCGUGUUUCCACAUUUAAAUCUUGUAUCGCCAUUACUAAGCGAGAUGAGUGACGAAGAAAGUGUUCCGUUGUAUAAAAUCGUGUUGGCUGGCGAUCUUGGUGUGGGAAAAACCUCUAUAUUUCGCAGAUAUGAUAUCGACAAGUUCUCAGAUUACAGGGAGCCAACAUUUGGACUGGACAAAUUGAGCAAGAACAUUGAAGUCGAUGGAAAACGAUUGAAGAUCAUUGUGUGGGACACUGCUGGAAUGGAGAGAACAAGAUCACUCACUUCAAACUACUACCACAAUUCUGAAGCUGUUAUUCUGGUCUACGCCAUUGAUGACAUGUACUCUCUUACACUGCUGCGAAAUUGGAUCUUAGAUGUUAACAAGGAUGCAGGGAAGGCUUUAAAAUUUCUUGUUGGAAACAAAAUUGACCUGGCAGAAGAAGGUUCUCAAGUCGAUGAACAGUUGGCUCAAAGAUUUUGUGAGAACAAUGGAAUAACAAAACUGUAUAAAGUGUCUGCCAAGACUGGCAAAGGAGUGAGGGAGAUGUUUGAUGAUAUUGCAAAGUUGUUGCUUGCCAACAAAGAGUCCACUACAAGGGGUGAAAAUACUUUUACUCUCAAAAGGGAGGACAUGAAUAAACAAGCUAAGAAAGAAAGUGGCUGUUCAUGUUGACAGAGUGUUGCAACUGAAAUUAAAAAAUUAAGUUAUUGUUUUUGUUAAAUUGUUAUUUACAGCAUGACAGGAGAGUUCAUUUGCUUAAAUCUAUGAUUAUAUAAUAUUUGUCCCAUUAGAGGUAAAGUUUCACAUCCUCAUCAGAAGCCACCCCUAAACUCAUAUCACAAGAAAAUAAAAAAAUUCCCUUGGGCUGAGUUAAACUUGUCCAUGGUUGAAAGUUUACCAACAUAUACAUAGCAUGUUUUGCUUCUUGCUUAGUUUUUAAUAGAUGGAAAGAUUUUAUGUUCCCCACUAGAAAUAUAACAAAAGAGUAAUUUUUCCUUGUAUUUAUAACUUUUUGUUACAAUUACAUAUACCUAUCCUUUUUUUUAUACAAAUUACUUGCAGUAAAUGUAUCUAUUUAUAUUGUUUAUUAUGGACAGUCUUAUCUUGAUUUGGCACUGGUUUUUCAGUACAAAUAUAUUAUGAUUCAGCACCCAUGGUGGUCAUCUUUUACUACAAAUUAUCAACUUAACCCUUAAACUCCCACAGUCUCAUCAGCAAUUCUCCUUACUGUCUGCCAUACAAUUCAUGUGAUGUUAGUUUGGGCAAUUGGAAUUGGAUCAACCAAUAAUCCCCUAAUUGGUAUUUUUCUUUAAUCUCAUCACUUUUUUUGUUUGAUAUUGUACUAUGGUGUAAGGAGAAAGUCUGUCUAGGUCACUAGUGGGACUUAAAGGAUUAAGUAAAAAUUUUUGAACAUGUAAAUAGAUUGGUUUACAAGUAUGAAAGAAUAGUUUGUAUCUCUGAUGAGUGGCAUAAAUGUUAGCAGGAAAGCCUGUAGAUUUGUAGAGUUUUCAAAUAGAUUUGUUCUACCUUGUCUGUUGAAAUACGGUCAGACCUGCUUUAUACCUGCCUUAGACAGUGCCACUAAAUACAGGUUCAACUGCGGUAUAAUCUUAAGAGAGAGCAAAAAGAGGCCUUUUAAGAACAUCAAAGAGGUAACUACCUUUUAUUACUACAUGUGAGUUUUCCAUAUUAGUAGUAGCUAGUGAAAGUAUAUGACAAAUAGUAAAACAGAGAGAUACAAAAUAGCUAAAGUAAUUGAGGAUUAUCCAAGUAAAUGAAAAGUUUUAUUAAAG